AUGAGGAAACCUUGUGAUAAUAAGCAUGAAAUGAAAACGGGGUCAUGGUCUAAGGAAGAAGAUCAGAAGCUUAUAGACUAUGUCACCGCCCAUGGUGAAGGUUCUUGGCACACCCUCCCUCAGGCUGCAGGUCUACUUCGUUGCUGCAGAAGCUGUAUGGAAAGAUGGUCAAGAUACUUAAAGCCUGACCUUCAGAGAAGAGAGUUUGGUGAAGAUGAAAAUGAUCUCAUCAUCAGGCUUCACGCCCUACUGGGUAACAGGUGGUCACUUAUGGCUGGGAGACUACCAGGGAGAACAGAUGAUGAAAUCAAGAAUUACUGGAACUCACACUUAAGCAUAAAACUUCUAAAUAUGGGUAUCGAUCCAAAUAAUCAUCGGUUAGGUCGUCAUAUCUCUAUGCCGUCCAAUAUGAGCACUGAUGUGAACGAAUCACAGGCUGAAAAUGAUGAAGUGAACUCGGAAUCCAGUUCUAGAAGGAAUUAUAACUCAAACGAGGAUCAGGAAAUUAACUCCAGUCAACCUGACAAUGGAAGUUGA